GAUGAUGAAGUAUUUGUUCAACUCGAAAAUGCUGCCAUCGAGCACUCAAUAGCUGUGGACUCUGCAGUACUUGGUAAAUAUAAUCUAUGGAGGCGAGAAUAUGAUAAUGAACAUGCUGAUGCGAAAGUAAAGUUCAUGCGAGAUCAAAUGACUAUGUCAAAGGUUUAUAUGGCCCUUGCUAAGUCAAAGAGUAAGAUUGGUAUUUAUGAAGAGUUAUUGAAUCGUCUCAAGGAAAGUCAGCGCGUCCUAGGAAAGGCUAAUGCUGAUGCCGAUCUCCCACAAAGUGCACCGGAGACAAUCAGAGCAAUGAAUCAAGUCUUGUUAAAAGCAAAAGGUCAGCUUUAUGAUUGCAAGAUAUUUAUUCGGAAUCUAAGAGGGAUGCUUCAAUCUGCGGAUGAGCGGGUUAGAGGCUUGAAGAAGCAAAGUACAUUCCUUAGUCAAUUGGCUGCAAAAACAAUUCCAAAUGCCAUUCAUUGUUUAUCAAUGCGUCUGAGCAUAGACUAUUACCUUCUCCCUCCAGAGCAAAGAAAAUUUCCUAAAAGUGAAAAUUUGGAGAACCCAAAUCUCUACCAUUAUGCACUCUUCUCUGACAAUGUAUUGGCUGCCUCAGUUGUAGUGAACUCAACCAUAAUGAAUGCUAAGGAGCCAGCGAAACAUGUCUUUCAUCUAGUUACUGAUAAACUAAACUUCGGAGCCAUGAACAUGUGGUUUCUGUUGAAUCCACCAGGAGAUGCAACCAUCCAUGUGGAGAACGUUGAUGAUUUCAAGUGGUUGAAUUCUUCAUAUUGCCCAGUCCUUCGUCAGCUUGAAUCUGUACCCAUGAAAGAAUACUACUUCAUGGCUGCUCAUCCCACAACCCUUUCAUCUGGUCCUGACAAUUUGAAAUACCGAAAUCCAAAAUACCUUUCAAUGCUUAAUCACUUGAGGUUUUAUCUACCACAAGUUUAUCCUAAGCUGAACAAAAUCUUGUUCCUAGAUGAUGAUAUUGUUGUUCAGAAGGAUUUAACACCUUUAUGGUUAAUAGAUCUUAAGGGCAAUGUAAAUGGUGCUGUUGAGACCUGUGGUGAGAGCUUUCACAGAUUUGACAAGUAUCUCAAUUUCUCAAAUCCUCACAUUGCCAUGAAUUUCGAUCCAAAUGCAUGUGGCUGGGCCUAUGGUAUGAAUAUGUUUGAUUUAGUUGAAUGGAAGAAGAAAAACAUAACAGGCAUCUAUCAUAAAUGGCAAACAUUGAAUAAAGACAGAGCCCUUUGGAAACUUGGAACUCUGCCACCUGGUUUACUGACAUUCUAUAAUUUAACGCACCCACUGAACAAGUCAUGGCAUGUUCUUGGUUUGGGCUAUAAUCCGAGCAUCGAUCGCUCGAAGAUAGAAAAUGCUGCUGUUAUACAUUACAAUGGUAACAUGAAACCUUGGUUGGAGCUGGCAAUGACAAAGUACAGGCCUUACUGGACCACAUAUAUCAACUAUGAUCAUCCUUACAUUAAAAACUGCAAAUUGAGAAGAUAACUAGAGCUCAACAAAGGCAUGAUUAAAUUGCAUAAGAAGGAGUUUUUGAUCCUAUUGAGGCCUUUCCUUACUCUGUCCAGUUCUAAUUUUGAUGAUGUACAUUACAUCUUUGUAAAUUUAUUCAUCCUAAUAGGGCACAUGAUUUCCUUUGUUGAACAAUUUACUGGUGCCUGAUAGUUGUAGAUAUAACAAUUUAACAGUUACCAGAUUGUUAUUUUAUUCCUUGUAGCUUGUUUAUAAAAGUAAUGCAUAGUUGGGAUCUUCAGCUUGGCAUUGUCA